GUAGAAGCAUGUGGGAGACUGGUUACCUGCAAACCCCCCCCAUGGGCCUCAUGCAGGCGGGUCAUUCAGUCUGUCAGCACUGAGCCUGUUCCAUGAGAAGGAGGGCCGAUCACAACAAAGAGCCCUUUGACUGGGCAAACUGAGGGAGCCGUAUGGCUCCCCGUUGGUAUCAGGAUCCAGAAGCCAACAGGCCUGGAGUUUCUGAUCUUUGAGCAUCUGUUGAUGCCGUUGAGGAGAGAGAGUGCCAGGCGUGUAAACCUCAAUCUUUAUCAUUUAGACUUUGUUCCGCCCACCACGAGGACAACACCUCGGCUAUCUGAUCUAUCAGCUGAGACGUAAUCAAAGAUCAGGACGUCUUUUAUGUGUUAAUAAGUAAUUAUUCACGUUUUGCUCCGGCUCACUUAAACACCGUAUCAGAGAAGGUUCUCCCUCAUUGUGAACUGCUCUGACAAGAAGUUGUCAAAUCCGAUUUGGAGUAAAAAGGAUGGGUGAACCUUCUCUUCAAGAUGUCUUACGCUUUUACGGUAAUAACGGUUCGCUCUCUACAGCAAACCUGGAAAACUUUCUGCAGCUCAUCACAUCCAGAAGAGCAACAGCAUCCAUUGACAAUGCUGCAAAUCCACUGAGGAGUGCAGAGUGUUUGUCUCUCUCGGAUCUGCUGUCAGUCUAUGGCCUGAAUAAUGUAUCUGAAGUGACUGUUGAUCAACUAGAGCUCAUGUGCCCAGCUGUUCUCACUCAGGUCCUGCUACCCUCCUGCCCCUACAUGACUCCCACUGCCCAGUCCAUUAACUCUCAAGUUUGGGGUUAUGGCUUCCUGGCUGUGACGAUAAUUAAUUUGGCCUCUCUGUUGGGGUUAUUCUUGGUUCCCUUCACCAAGAAAUCCUACUUUCCAAAAGUGCUAACCUACUUCAUUGGAGUGGCCAUAGGAACCUUAUUCUCCAAUGCUGUUCUGCAGCUUAUCCCUGAGGCUCUUGGGUUUGAUCCGAAAGCUGAUGACUAUGUGUUGAACGCGGUUGGGAUUUUUGGGGGGUUCUACCUCCUGUUCUUUACGGAAAGAGUUUUAAAAAUAGUGCUGAAAGCAGACUCAGAGGAUUGCCACAGCCACUUCCCUUCCAAGCAGACCACUGAUGUGACCCUCAGCAAUGACAUUGUCAUAAGCAACAUCAGCAAUGAUGUCAUCACGAAUAACAUCAACCAUGAUGUUCUCCCAAACAGCCCCAGGGAGAAGACAAACAGCCCAACCAUGAGUCCUGUUGUGAACCCAGUCAAUGAACAGGAGGCUUGUGUGUUAUUGGCAUGCCGUUGGCUGCGAGGAGAACGUAUAUCAAACAUAAAAACAAUGGCUUGGAUGAUCACACUGAGUGAUGCACUUCAUAACUUCAUAGAUGGACUGGCCAUCGGAGCCUCCUUCACACUCUCUCUCCUCGUUGGCUUCAGUACGUCUAUUGCGAUUGUCUGUGAGGAGUUCCCUCAUGAGAUAGGUGACUUUGUGAUUCUCUUGAGCUCUGGUAUGAGUGUGCCUCAGGCUGUGUUCUUUAACCUGCUGUCGGCUAUGUGCUGUUAUCUGGGCUUGGUGCUGGGCAUCCUGCUGGGAAGCAGCUUCGCUCCAAAUGUCAUCUUUGCCAUUGCUGGUGGAAUGUUCCUUUACAUCUCUCUGGCAGACAUGUUUCCAGAGAUGAACAGUAUAAUGGUGGCACACACGAAAAGCUCCAGAGAGAAAAUCAUAUUCUUCCUUUUCCAAAAUGGCGGUCUGCUAACUGGAUUCUCAAUCAUCCUUCUCAUCACGAUGUUUGCUGGAGACAUCAAUCUGGGAUGAAAGAAAAGAGAACGGCAGUUUACUGGUGUAUACAGAACAAGAACAUCAGUUCGUUCUUCACUGCCAGGGAGCAAUGGUUUGACACCAAAAGUGCAAAGGCAUCCAUGUAGAGACUCUUAAUCAUUUUUUAAACUACUGACUUACGGCUGUUUUUCUGUUGUAAAAAAAAAUCACAAUCAUGUAGCCUCAAAAGUGAAGCUUUUGU